UCCGUGAAGAUACGGGCUUGCUGAUGAUUUCUUCUGAGCUCUGAGCUUGAAGUAAACCUUGGAAGUGAGACGUGGCACUCGGUACCCAAUGAUGUUCGGACGAGCUUUGAACAUGUCAAAUCGUUGAGGCUCAAAAGACGCACGCGAGCUCUUUGGGGUCUUAUCGGCGUACUACAGCCUAUCACUGGGCCGCGUUAGAGAGCUACGUGCCCUCUUUGCUCAGCCCCACUCACUGUGAAUCCCAGGACCGGGCAUCACUGCGCCUGGCCCUGUACAUCCCCAGGGAUGCUAGGCCGCGAUCGUGUCACAGCGUUCGUAGCAUCUGGAAAUGCUUUGAUCGACACCUCUGUUUCUAUCGACGACGAAAGCUCUUGACCUACAACACUCACGAUGGCAUCAGGUCGGAUGCAUUUGCUGAACGUUAAGAGGAAAAAGGUCGUGGACACAGAAGACAUCCCGGAAUCCAGUAUCGUCAACGUCCAAAGCUCCGUUCCAAGGCCAUCGUAUCCUCCUUCUCGGACAACGUUUGCGUCUGAAACGAAGAGCGAGACAAACGUUCAAGUGUCGAUACCUCACCCAGCUGGCGUCUCUCGAUCUCUAUCGACGCCAGAUAGCUCAGGCUCGCAGGUGUAUCAAGUAUCGCAUCAGACGAGCAAUCGAUCAGGAUCGGAUCAAUUCCCGAAGUCUUUCCAACCAUCGUAUACGAGCACAACCGACGAGCAAGGGAUAAGAGGAUUAGCAGGUCCCCUCCCAUCAAAUGAUUCUCGUAAUUUGCCCAGCCAGUACGGUUAUCCUCUUAACCUACCUCGCAAAUUCGAAGGCAAUCCCUCCUAUGCUCCCGAUAACUACUACGUGGAGGAGCCUAUCAACGUCGUCAAUCAAUAUCCACGGCCACAGAAGCCAGCGAAACCUGAGCAACUACCAUAUGAAAACAACCCAUUAUUGAAUGGUGGUACAAGUUUGCCAUCGCCUGUUUCUGCAAAUGGAAGUUUGGCAGGUUGGAACUGGCAAGAUGCCCUUGGCGACCAGAAAAGCGCUCCACAGCAGCGGCCGAUCUCGCAGAUUGUGUCACCAAGGUCUAGCAGGUGCGCUGGAGAGUCAGAACGUCUGUCGAAUAGCAAACACAGGCGGUAUCGAGAUGCGCUAGAGAACAACCAAGCCAGCGAUAUGAGGAACAAUCUAUACUGGCAACAAUACAACAGAGCGAGCAUGGCGAGUGCAGAUUCGAUACCGGAACAGCGACGAUCGACUGCCAGCUAUAAUUCCGACAGAUCCAGGUCUGAUGGAGCAGGUGAAGAAUAUGAACAAAGAGAUAUCGAGAUGGAGAAUCGUUACACUGGAGAGACGCCUCGACGAUCUGCGACAUAUGGUGUUUUCACCGGCCCGAAAUCAGACGAGAGCGGCAUGCCUGAACCAAUCUUUCGUCGGAGUACUGGCUUCGAACAAUUCGGCGGAGCUGGACCAGAUCCCCGGAGGCGAUACACAAGUGAUAGCAGCAGUCCACCGUCGAGUAGUGCUAGCGAUUUUCAGUGGGACGUCAAUGUACGAUGGGAUGAUCCUGACGCCAUGAUGCCGUCGUUCCAAACCGCAGCCUGCACCAUAAAAUUUGAUUCGGGUUGUGAGAGGUCAAAUUGGGUCUCGGAGAGUAUAGUCUGGAGACUCGGUGCUCACAUAAGGCCACUCGAAUCCGCUGCAAAUUUCGUCGCAUUCAAUGGACAGCCCAUGAGGACAAGCGGGAUGACGAGUCUAGCUUUCGAACGCGUAGGAGGUGUUCGGGGAUACCGAGCAGUCUUUCUGGUUGCAACUGGAGAUGAUGUCCCAUUCGAUAUGGUACUGGGAGCGACAGACAGUGUCAGGUACGGUAUACUGGUUAAGCCGAGAGAAUCAUCAGAUGCCUCAGUGUUCUUGGGAUUAGCGGCAGCAAAACAGACUGCAGAGGAAAAGAAGAAGCAAGAAGAACGAGAUGCUGAGCAAAAGCAAACGAGGAAGGAUCAGAAGGACAAACGGAAGCAUCUGCCAAUAGUUCGAAAGAAAGUCAAAAGCGAAGAUCUGAACCAAAAUGCGAGCUCAUCAAGGAAUAAUGGGAACAGCGAAUCAUCACGAAGAAAUACAACACGAUGAAAAAUAUGUAUCAAUAAGGAAAGGAAGGAACGGACAAAAUUCUUGUCAUAUGGAAAUCUUUAGCGCAUACUAGUGCCGGCUAUUACGUAGUCGCUUGGGUAUAUUUUUUUCGGGAGUUCAGGGAGGCAUGAUACCCCAUCUAUAUUAUAUACAAUAUUAUACGUUCACCAUUCUGCUGCGCCGU